AUGGAGAACGAAUUCAAUUAUGUUGUUGAAGAAGGAAGAACAUAUCCAUAUAAUAACAAAAUAUAUGGCGAUGCAUUCAUCAAAUAUUGGUUUACCCAUUUUGCAUCCAUUUUAAUUGACGGAGACUACAAAUCAUUUGAUGAGUUGAAGAAUUUAUCUGUUGAAAAAUGGACUGAAAUUUUCCUUGGAACCUUUUAUGUCAAGCCUAACUAUGUAGGAAGAUGUUCACAUGUUUGUAAUGCAGGAUUCAUGGUUAAUCAUAUCCAGAGAGGGUUAGGAUUGGGAGGUGAAUUGGGAAAGAAAUACCUUGAGAUUGCACCAGAGUUGGGAUAUGUCUAUUCUGUGUUUAACUUGGUCUUUGAAACUAAUACAGCCAGUUUGAAAAUUUGGGAUUCUCUAGGGUUUGAAAGAAUUGGUUAUAUAAAAAAUGUAGCUGUAUUAAAAGGAGAGGAUAAACUUGUAGGUGCGUAUAUGUUUGGUAAAGACUUACAAUAG